AUGACAUCGGUUAAUGUGGAGAGGUAUCAGAAGAAGAUAGGUUGUUUUAUUCAAAUCCCGAACAUUGGACGCGGUAAGUUAAAAUAUGUGGGACCAGUUGAUACGAAACCCGGGAUCUUUGUAGGUGUGGAUCUACUGGCUAAUAUCGGUAAGAAUGAUGGAUCCUUUCAAGGGAGAAGAUAUUUUGACACGGAGUAUUCUAACAGUGGGCUGUUUAUACAAUUGCAGAAGGUUGCCUCUGUUAUUGAUAAUGCCUCUUUCAAUACUACGAUAAAUCACCAUAACGGGUAUGGACUCGAUGGGAUUAGAAAUUCGUCUAGAAGAAGUACUUUGAAUGCAAACCCCGGGUUAGAAUCUCAGCAAAGAAGUAUGACAAGAAAGCAUAGUAGGAUAAGUAGUGUUGGGAGUACUGGAUCUACUGUGAGAAAGCAACUGUCAUUGUCAUCCAUGCAGGACCCCAGAUCGCCGACACCCAUGAGGUUAAAUGAACAUAAUAACGAUGAACUAAACGAAAACCUGUUUGCUCAUAUAACUUCACACAAUGAAGCUGAUGAGAUGGAUAUUGAUCCGCCGUCUUCUGCAGUCAGGAGAACAAGACGUUCCAUUGAUACAGAUAUUACGCCAAAUGAAUAUGAAAUUAAACUUGAAAAGCAGCGAAGAGAAAUAUCGCAAUACAAGAAACUGCUGGAUGAUCAAAGGAUUGUGCUAGAAGAAAUUCAACCAACCAUUGACAGUUAUGAGAAUAGUUUACAUGAAUUGGAAUUGCAAGUUCAAAAGUUGAAUGAACAAUUGCAAUAUGAGAGAGAUCAACAAAAUAAGCAGAAACAAUAUUUUGAGACUGAGCAUGAGCAAUUAUUGGCCGUUGUGGAGCAGCUGCAUGAAGAGAUUCAAGAAAAUGAGAAACGAUUCACUCAACCCAACACUAAUUCAUCUACAGUGGACGUUGCCUCCAUUACGAGUGAAUUAGAGAAAUUGAAGGCCUACAAAGAGGAAACUGAUUCAGCAAAAGUGAAGUGGGAUAAGGAAAGAGAACAACUGAAGAUGCAUAAUCAAUCCUUGAGUAAAGAACUGAUGCAAUUAAUGAUGAGUGACGAUGGCAGUGCUAAUGAUAAUAAUGAUAAGAGUGGGAAAGAGAGUAAAGAGGAAGCUGAACGGCUACGAAGGGAAGUUGACAGUUUGAAGAAACAAUUAAAAGAGGUUACUCGGCACCAAGACACGACGUUACAGUCGAACGAUAACACUCCUAAAGAGAAGGAACUAACUGCUCCAACAAUAGAGUCACUACCCGUAUAUAAACCCCCCGCAAAGAUAGAUGCCUCCGCCGGCAGAGAACUUUGGUGUGUGCUCUGUGAGAGAGAUGGUCAUGAGAGCAUAGAUUGUCCGUUCGAACUACCGCCGCCAGCACCUGAGGACACAGCAUCGAAUGGCAUGAACAUGAAGGAACCAGUUUAUUUCUAG